GCGCCCGUCGCGGCCGCGAAGCGCGCGGCGCCGGCCGCGGGCGGCGCCCGGGCCAACGGCGACGCCGAGGUGCUCGUCAAGCUCUGCACGAGCUGAGGCACGCAGAGGAACUACCUCGAGCUGAGGAAGUUCCUCGAAGACGCGUACCCCGGCCUCCGGUCCGUCGCGGCCGAGCAGUACCCGCCGCCGGCCGUCGGCGUGUUCGCGGCGCAGGCCGCGGGCAUGGCCCAGGUCGCCUGCGUGGCGCUGCUCCUCGGCGGCGAGAAGGUCUUCCAGCUCUUCGGCGCGGCGACGCCGGGCUGGUACCACUCCGUCGCGGAGAACAAGAUGAUGGCCUUUGGGGCCGUCUGGAUGGCGAACAACGUCGCGGCCCAGAUGGUCGCGACGGGCGCCUUCGAGAUCCACGUCAACGGCGAGCUCGCCUUCUCCAAGCUCGAGACGGGCCGCCUGCCGUCCGCGGCGGACGUCGUCCGCGGCAUGAAGCGCGCCGGCUUCGCCACGGACCUCGAGGCCCGCUACGUCGGCGACGCCGAGUUC